CGCAGGGUCUGCCUGGGCUCCCGGUCCUCCGGGAGGGCGGGAGGGAGGGGAAAGGCGUGUCCUGCCUGGGCUGCCGCCGCCGCCGCUGUUGGAGGCAGAUCGGAGAUAUAAAAGACCUGGCCGGGGGCCGGCGGUGGUUUCAGUGAGCGCGGACGCUCAGGCCGUGGGGAGGGGGCGCAGCGGGACGCGCGGAGCGGCGGCGGGACGGGCGGAGGCAGCGCGGGGCUCGCCGUGGGCAACCCCAAUGCGUGGACUAUCGGCUGCUGCAUUAUGCUGGAGCUACAGUUCCGCUGAAGGGAGUUUGCACACGGCCGGCUGGGCUGGACUGCAGCGCUGCCGUUCCUUAUGAAGAAGGCACAAACUUGGAUUAUCACUUGCUUUUGUCUUCAACUCCUCCUACUUAAUCCUCUUGUCAAAGCCCAGAGUUCCUGCGGGAAUCCAGUCACAGAUGAUGUGAAUGACAUUGCAAAAUUGGUUGGAAAUCUCCCAAAUGAUUAUAUGAUAACCCUUAAAUAUGUCCCGAAGAUGGAUAGUCUGCCCAGUCACUGUUGGUUGCAUUUGAUGGUGCCUGAAUUUUCAAGGAGUCUACAUAAUCUUCUCCAGAAAUUUUCAGAUAUUCCAGAUAUGUCGGAUGUUUUAAGCAACUAUUCAAUCAUCAAUAAUCUCACAAGGAUAAUUAAUGAUCUUAUGGCAUGCCUUGCUUUUGAUAAAAACAAGGAUUUUGUAAAAGAAAAUGGUCACCUUUAUGAAGAAGGUCACUUCAUUCCUGAGGAUUUUUUUAGGCACUUUAAUAGUACCAUUGAGGUCUACAAAGAUUCUGCAGACAGUUUGGAUAAGAAUGACUGCAUUCUGCCUUCAACAGUAGGAACACCGGAGAAUGAUUCCAGAGUCGCUGUCACAAAAACAUUUUUGUUUCCUCCUGUUGCUGCCAGCUCUCUUAGGAAUGACAGCAUUGGCAGUAGCACUAGCAGUAACAAAGAAGCACUUGGCUUCAUUAGCAGCUCCAGCCUGCAAGGGAUCAGCAUAGCACUGACAUCAUUGCUGUCUCUCCUUAUUGGCUUUAUUUUGGGAGCCAUAUACUGGAAGAAAAUACAUCCCAAAUCCAGACCAGAAAGUGAUGAAACUACACAGUGUCAUGACUAUCAAGAGGAAAAUGAGAUAAGUAUGUUGCAGCAAAAAGAAAAGGAACAUCUACAAGUGUAGCUGUUGCUUUUUCUUCCUCAACACUGUUACUGUUUCGUGUACUGGCAGGUAACAGUUCCAUGUUCGCUUCAUAAAUGAAGCAGCUUUAAGCACAUUCGUAUUCCUUCUGGAGUGACAGACUGAGUCUGCAUCUGUUGUUGCUGCCCAUGACUCCAUAGACAUGAUACAGAAAUGAGGACAAUUUGUGUUUGUUACUGUGAAACCAACACUGAAUUGAACAAUGACAAGAAGGGUGUGCACUUAGCAGGACUGUAUUUUAUGUGAAUAUCUAUCUUGUGUGACAUUUGAGGUUUUUUAAUUGCAUUAAUACUUUCAGCUGACUCUGGCAAACAAAGUAUGUCCUGAACAAAAAAAGCAUCUUUCCAAUGCCUCCAACAGUGUGUAAUCAUUACAAGUCAUAAAUACCUUUGCAUCCUUAAUUUAAAUUCUGUGUCCUCUACCUUAAACUGAUGUCUUCAGAUGAAGGUCUCUGAACUGACAGAAAACGCAGAAAUGGAUACAGAUAACAUACUCUUCAAUAUUGUAUAUAAAACUUGAAAGCAAAGUCAUGCCCUGAGCUCGUGUUCUAGACGUAGACUUAUAAGGAGCUGUGUUUAUGCCUGUCAAAGGCAGUGUGUACAGCAACACGUGGUCUCUAUUGGGUGCCAGGUGGCUGGUUGCCCACCCCAGAAAGCCUCAAGAAUUCAUCAGCGUUGGUGGUCUCUGUUCAGGAGAACCAAAUACUGGAUGAAGACAAAGUAAGCAGAGGUGAAUGUACCCCAUGGAGCUUCGAAGAAUUAAGUGUAACUGUUGGGUAUGUGAACACUGGUGAAAUUUCCAGUCAUGCUAAGGAAAAAUAGAGUCUGAAUUAGGUUCAAACAUCACAAUAAAGACAAACCCAUGAAAUGCAUUUAAAAUUCUGAAGAUGCAUGCCAUUUAUACCUUGUCUGUAAAUGUAUAGCAUAGAAAAUCUGAAAGAUCCUGAGAGUGUAUUUAGCUUUUACUUACAUCAGCUGUAAUUAAUGUUUGCAUUGUGUUUUAAGUGAUUAGUAAGCUUUAAUAUCCUGGCAUUCUCCACUCUUGAAAGUUAAUUCUUUUGAAACAAAAGAGAAAGGCUUUGUUUUCCACCUGUCUUCUGCAUCUAUUACUGUUACAGUAUCCAUGGAAUAUGAACAGGACUGAUGUACAGAUGUGCAUUUUCAAGUAAAUCCUAAAAAUACCAUGGUAAAUGUUACAAGUGUAGUUGUGCAUCUUUUCAUCUUAUCUCUUCCCAGAUAAUGAGUAUGAAUUAUUUACCUGUAAUAGGGGUUGUAAUUCCGAAGGGUAAAUGAUAAAGGCUCACAUGAGGUGACAAACUGUCAUCUAUUGUGAUAUUGACCAGGUCAGCAAGAGUUUUAGUUUAAAUAACUUGAAAACUUAAAAAAACCCAAAAAAAACCCCACCAAUCCUUUUAAAGUUUUGCAUAAAGUUGGAGUUCUCCUUAAAAUGUAUAGUUACCAAAUUUUUUAAGAGUCCUUGUGGAAGUUUUAAUCUUCUGCUCUGAGAACCAUGCAUAAAAAGAAUAUGUCAUACAUAUAAUAUAUACGUGUGUAUGUGUGUGUGUGUGUGUGUAUUAUUGGUAAAAUUGUUUUUCAGACUUGCGAAAAGAAAAAAAUCUCAGAACUUGAUGAUGUGGCAUGUAGCUUGAUGAUGUGGCAUGUAGCUACACUGCAUGGAAUUUUGACCCUACUGCAGUGAGGUUGAAAUUUCUCAUGAAUUCACUGAUGGAAGGAUUUGAUCAUGCAGAAUUUUUAUUUAUACUCAGGCCCUUUUUGCACUUUCUGUUUGUUAGAAAAGGGUCUUCAAGUCCUACUCAGCUGGUAUAAAUUAGCAUAGUUCUAUUAAGGAUGACAGAACUUUUCAGUUUGCAUCACCGGAGGAACUUCUUUUAGACUAGAUCAAAAGAAGCUUGGUGUCAGAAUUAGGCCUUUAUGUUUAUUCUGAAGAUGCUGGAGCACUCACCAAUUAAUAACCAGGGUUGCUCAUCACUUCUAAAAAGCAAAUGCACUCCUCAAAGAAUGGAAUUCCCCAUCUAAAGCUGAGUCUCCUUUGACUCUCUGUAGUUCUUUUACUCACAAGGCCCUUGGACUUUGAGUUUCAAACUUUUUUAAGAGGUACCCUAAAAAAAAAGUCAGCAUGAACUAAUUGAUGGAAAUUUGCACCUUAUCGGUCAUGCAGAGAAUAGUCAUGUAUUUGUUUUGACUGAAUGGAAAAGUAUCCACAGUAAAUGGAAGCAAUUAUACUUACACAUUGUAUGAAAACCUUAAAGACUUCAUACAAUGUGCUCUUGAGGCUAGCUUAUGCAUUUGAGGGUUUGAGUUUUUUCCUUAGCUAAAGUAAUACAAAAAUCUUGUAUUUAUUAAUGUUCUUUGUUGAUAAAAAAGUUCAUUCUUCUAAAUGCAUUCUUUCCACAAAAUCAUAUACUCAAUAAUGCUUGAUUUGGGUCACAUUGGUGUGCCCCAAAUUGUAUUUUGAUAUUCAAAAGCAUGAUAUUUUAGGCUUAAAUCUUCUUAAUCUUCAGUCCUAGAGAAAAUAUCAGUUAUGAAUUGAAACAUAAAUAAAAAUUGACUAUGACAAAAAGUUCACUUUCCAGUCACUUUCAAAUAAUGUCAGACACUUUAAUCUCUUCCGUGGAGCAAGGUAAAUUUAAAAUUACAUGCAAACAGAAAGAAAGAUCAUGUAUACUUUUGACCUUCACAUCACAUUGUUCUUUGAAUGUGCACAAAAUUGUGUGACACCUGGAGUAGCAGAACUGUUGUUGGACCACAUGGUUUUCCCAUUCUUUGCCCUCAUUUUGAGAGAUCUGAACACAAGAGAGAUCUGAUUGGGUGUUCUCAAUCCUUUUGCAACCCAGAAGGAGACUUCUGGACAUUCAUGGAUACACUAGGUGGCAUGGCACUUUGAAGUGGCAUCGUGAAUUUACUGGAAACUUUCUGUGCCCACUGAGGAAAUGUUUACUUUGUUCACAGUGAGAUUCUGAAAGACUACUGACUUGUGAGACAUCUUUGAAAUCAAUAGAAAUAGAGAAAUGUACUCUUCAGUUGGUGAUGGGUGGCAGAAAUAGACCUUUAAUUGCUUCUCAACUUCUAAAGAAGUUUAACUUCUAAAGAGUGAUCAGUUUUUCAGUCUUCUUUUAGGGUAGACAGAGCUCAUGCAUUAACAUACUUGGAAAAUCAACACACUCCCUCUUUGAAUAAAACUGGGGAAAAAAGGGGUGUUUUAUUUUUUCUAUAUUAAAGUCAACCAAAUUUGGCUUUUGGAUAUCUGUGGUUUGGUGACAAAUGUAACAUUUUUAGGUUUCCUUUGAAAUAGUUGAACUUUGCAUGCAGUUACUAGUGGCCUUGUGAGAAUAAAAAAGCAGAUAGUCUUAUACUGAGUUACUGUUCUACUUUAGGUAUGUGUUUACUUGAAUGAAUUAAUGGUACUUAUUUCAUCACGAGGUCUUUUUAUAAGCACAUAAAAUGUGCUUCACUAUGGAGUAUGUGUACAACCUGCACAUGUUUUAGAUUCUCAUCUGCAGCAGCUCUGUUUUCUCUGUUGCUCUACGUAAUAUGCUGAAUAUGAAUAUGUUCAGUACACAAAACAGAAUUAUUAAUUUGAAAAUUUAACAGUACACAUAAAAUACUGAUAUUUUGAGUUUGAUUUAAGUUUAAGAACUAUCCAACAUUUUUCAAUUCAUAAAUCUCAUUCAACUGUCUUAAAUGCAGAUUUACAGUAAUGGUGGAAUGUUGCUAUUUUUUUAUCAAAUUAAUGGAACAUGGAAAUUUCAGACUCUUCAGUGAUAGAGACAGAUGUUUGCUGGUUGCAUUAUGGGCAAAUUCAUUUAUUUCAAUGUAAAUGUCAGCACAGUUUUGCAUAGUUACAUUCUGACUGAAGGUAAUCAACAAAGUUUAUAAAAUGUGAUGUGUAUGUUCAUAUGUGUCCUCUUAAAAAUAGAUGUUUUCCCAGAUCCCUUUUUAUACCAGUUCAGAUUUGGAAUUUACAUUAUAUACAUAUGCUUUAUUGUUCUAAAUAAAGAUACUAUGCACUGUCAAA